GCAGAAUGGCAGUUGGGUGGAGGCAGGGAGCAAAAGAGGUGUUUCCUGGGACAGGGGGCGGAGACCUGAUGGCUUUAAGGUCCCCCAGGACUCAAGUUCACGGAGCUUCUGCAAACACCGGGCAGCUUUCAGAACUCCCGCUGUGACCAUCCCUUGUGGGCUCUUCCUGCCUGCACCUGCAGCCAGCUCCUGCGGCUCGCACCUGUUAUCAGGCCCCAACCAUGUCGGACAAGGCGCCCUUCGACACGGAUAUCAAUACCCUGACCCGAUUCGUCAUGGAGGAGGGCAGGAAGGCUCACGGCACGGGCGAGAUGACCCAGCUGCUGAACUCGCUCUGCACCGCGGUCAAAGCCAUCUCGUCCGCAGUGCGCAAAGCGGGCAUCGCACAGCUCUACGGCAUCGACGGCUCAACCAACGUGACGGGGGACCAAGUGAAGAAGCUGGACGUCCUUUCCAAUGACCUGGUUAUCAACAUGCUGAAGUCAUCCUUUGCUGCCUGUGUUCUUGUGUCCGAAGAAAACAAGCACGCCAUCAUAAUAGAGCCCGAGAAGAGGGGCAAAUAUGUUGUCUGUUUCGAUCCCCUGGAUGGCUCAUCCAACAUUGACUGCCUUGUGUCCAUUGGAACCAUUUUUGGCAUUUACAGAAAGAAAACCACCGACGAGCCUUCUGAGAAGGAUGCUCUGCAGCCAGGCCGGGACCUGGUGGCGGCCGGCUAUGCUCUCUAUGGCAGCGCCACUAUGCUGGUCCUUGCCUUGGAGUCUGGCGUCAACUGCUUCAUGCUGGACCCGGCCAUCGGAGAAUUCAUUCUGGUGGACAAGGACGUGAAGAUCAAGAAGAAAGGUAGCAUCUACAGCCUUAAUGAGGGCUACGCCAAGGACUUUGACCCUGCCAUCGCUGAGUAUGUCCAAAGGAAAAAGUUCCCUCAAGGUAAUUCAGCUCCCUACGGUGCCCGGUACGUGGGGUCCAUGGUGGCUGAUGUUCACCGCACUCUGGUGUACGGAGGGAUCUUUUUAUACCCUGCCAAUAAGAAGAGCCCCAGUGGAAAGCUGAGGCUGCUGUAUGAGUGCAAUCCUAUGGCUUUUGUCAUGGAGAAGGCAGGAGGACUUGCCACCACAGGGAAGGAAGAUAUUUUAGACAUCAUUCCCACUGACAUCCACCAGAAGGCACCAGUCAUCAUGGGGUCCCCUGAAGAUGUAAAGGAAUUCCUAGAGAUCUACAAGAAGCAUCAGGUCAAAUAAAGGCCUGCUUUGCCCUUGCCCCAAAGCAGAGCCUUGUAUCUGGACCUGCGACCUCAAGUGACACUGCCCCUUUCUGACUGUAUGCUGUAUAUUCCUAGACAACAGACCUAACAGUAUGGACAGUUCCACAGUCCAACACUUUGCAAUGCCCAAGACUGCCUCACCCACCUGCUAUCACACCACCAUGACAGGUAACAUGUAUUUUGAGCAGAAGAAGGAGAAAUAAACACACUCUUCCUUUAUAA